AUGGCCACCGAUUCAGCGCCGAUCACUCUGUCCUCCUUGACUUUUGUCCAUCCAAGCCAAGUGGCGCCGCUUCUUCUCGAGCCCUCGGAACGGUCCAAGGUCGCCGUCAUUGACGUCCGGGAUUCGGACCACAUCGGUGGCAAUAUUACAUCGAGCACCUGGGUCCCACUGCAUCAGCUGGAUGCCCGAAUGCCCGAACUGGUGAGGACAUUGAGAGACAAAGAAAAGGUCAUUUUCCACUGUAUGUUGAGUCAGCAGAGAGGACCCAAAGCGGCGUUGAUGUAUGCGAGAGCCAAACAGCGGGCUGAAGCCAAAGAGGCAGAGGAAGAGCAGAGAGCAGCCGCGGAUCAGUCUGAAAAUGGCGCCGGAUCUGAAGAUGCAUCGGCAGUCACACCGAAGAACAAGUCGGUCACACAGCAGAUUUGUGUCCUUGAAGGCGGCUUUGGCUCCUGGCAAGCACUCUAUGGUGAGGAUCCGCGGUUAACGGUCGAUUACCAGCCAGAUCUGUGGGUGUGA